AUGGCUCCGAUCCUGGGGCUGUGGCCAGAAGGACCCACGGCCCUGGACCACCAGAGCCAAGAGCAACAGCCCACGGCUGACGGCAAGCACCACCUGCGGGGGCGGGGGCGGGGGCGGGGCUCGGAGAGCCGCCGGCCGAGGCGUCGGGCUUCCAUCGCUCCGGCUCGGAGUCCGGACGGUGGAGACGGCGCCCGCACCACGGGCUGUUGUUCCGGCCGCCGCACGCUCAUCUUCCUCUGCACUUUCCAGCUGGUCACUGCCCUGGAGCGGCAGGUGUUCGACCUCCUGGGCCACCAGUGGGCGCCCGUCCUGGCCACCUCCGUCCACGUCGUCGUGGUCCUCCUGGGGCUCUCGGGCGCCGUCCAGUAUCGGCCGCGCUGCAUCGUGGUGUAUGCUGUGUGGGCGGCCGUCUGGGUCACCUGGAAUGUUGUCAUUGCCUGUUUCUACCUGGAGGUGGGGGGCCUGUCCAAGGGGAGUCAACUCCUGACCUUCAACCUCUCCAGGCACCGCUCCUAGUGGCGGGAGCACGGCCCUGGCUGUCAGCAGGAGGGGCCGAUGGCAGGCUUGGGGCCCCCCGGCGGCCAGACCCUGGGGCCGGGCGUCGGCUGCGCCCUGGAGCACGGCUACGUGGAGGCUCUGCACAGUGCCCUGCAGAUGCUGGUGGCGGUGAGUGUGGGGUGGGGACUCGUCAGCUGAGGGCACACCGGGGACGGCACCCCAGGCCUC